CAUAAAUGAUGAUUAUUUACACAUUUUAUGAUCAUGAUCGUCAGAACAAUCGUAUAUGGCAUUGUCUCCAAACACCCGUUACGGUGCAUAGAUCAGGGUGUUUCAUAUUUUUAAUUGGAUUUCACUCGUCUUUUUAUGUAUUUCGUUUUUCUUCCAUGCUAUCUUAUUGUUGAAUGAUGCUUCUUUGUCAGUGACGAAGAGCGUUUGAAUAACUAUGUUUUCGGUGUCCGUGACUACCGUCCUUCUCGGCUGGACUGUGUUCAUUUGCUGUGCAUGGCUUAUAAGACGUCCAAAGAAUUUACCCCCUGGUCCCUGGUCCUGGCCCGUCAUCGGACACCGAGCUGGACCUGGUCAACUUCACGAGUGCUACACCAGUCUAUCUCGGCGGUAUGGCCCAAUCUUCAGCCUCCGGAGGGGUCCUUUUCUUGUGGUGGUGCUGAACAACCGUGACGUCAUUAGACAGGCCCUUGUCAAACAUGCAGAUAUGAUUUCUGAUCGGUUCACACCUAAACAUGUUCAAAUGGGCAUACCAACAUCAAACCCGCAUGCUUCUGUCGUUUGGAGCAGUGGUAAACCGUGGGGCGACCUCAGGAAAUUCAGUCUGACCGCCCUCCGUAAUUUCGGCAUGGGGAAGAGGAGUAUCGAACCACAUAUCAACAUCGAAGCGCGGUACCUUUGCGAAGAGAUGAAGAAACUCCGAGGUCAUCCAACCGACCUUCGCACCAUGUUGAACAAUACAUCGGCCAAUGUCAUUUGCAAAAUCGUAUUCGGGCGUCGAUUCGAAUACGAUGAUGAGGAAUUUCAGCGAAUCCUGGGCGCGUUCUACGAAAGCGUUAAUAACAUCUCGGGUUCUGAUCUAGUCAACGUCUUUUCGUUUUUAUUGCACAUGCCAUGGUACGACCGUUUUCGUCGUAAUCGCUCCGUUUUCACGACAUUCAUCAAGUCUCACAUGAAACUCCAUACAAGUUCAUUUGAGAAAGACAAUAUCCGUGACAUCAUCGAUGCAUACCUGGCCGAUGACGGCAUCUCGCGAGAUUUUACGGUCCAAGAAUUUGGGAGAGUCGUUUUGGACUACUUUGUUGCUGGGACUGAGACCACAUCUACUGUCCUCUCUUGGGCCAUAUUGUACCUGGCCCUCUACCCUGAAAUUCAGAGAAAAGUCCAGUGCGAACUGGAUGCCGUUGUUGGAAAUGGCCGUCAGCCAGCCAUCAGCGACCGUGCCCGUCUUCCAUACUGCGAAGCAACCCUGAUGGAAACCAUGCGAAUCCGCCCUGUGGUACCCCUCUCAGUACCGCACAUGACUUCCGGGAGUGUCUCUUUGGGUGGAUUCACCAUCCCUGAAGGAACGAUCAUCAUCCCGAAUCUUUGGGCGGCGCAUCACGACCCUGACGUCUGGGAUGAUCCUGACGACUUUCACCCCGAACGAUUCCUUGAGAACCAAGACAGUCCGACGGUGAAAAAGAAUGACUCAUGGAUCCCGUUUGGUUUAGGUCGUCGGGAAUGUCUGGGUGCUCAGCUGGCCAAGAUGGAAGUCUUUCUGAUGUUCGCCAAUCUUUUUCAGCGGUUUGAAUUCAAAAUACCACAUCACCACCGUACUCACACCAAGCCAGGCGUCAGUGGGUUAAUAAUGCCACCAGAACCGUAUGAAGUAUGUGCGAUUGAGAGAUGAAAGAAACGUCCUCAAGACUAAAAAUAAAAAAAAAGACAUAGAAAUUUAAUUUUCGUGUAACAUAAUUCACGCCAACAACAAUUAAAAAAUAACACCGUCUGCAGCCAUCACAAUUACUUUGUAGAUUGUUUUUCUUUCGGAUCUUCCAGCUGUCUAAAUUUCACUGAAAUUGCUUCUAAUUCAUAUGUUUAUAUUGCUUCACUGUCUUGUUAUUUUCUACCUUCCGUUUGUUCUAACCAUUUAAAAGUAAGUUUCAUGUUAACCACACUUGUCAUUUGAAGUCAUUUGAUAUGGAAAUUACUCACCAUUUUUUUUUUUUUUAAUGGAUUUCAGAUUUCUUUUUAUAGUUUGUUUAAUGAUAAGUUUGAUUCUGCUGUCGAUAUCGAUAGUAUAUGCAUGACAUUUUUUAUCCAUUGCUUGAGUUGUUACAGAUUAUACACAUGCAUAUUUUGGAAAUUUGUGGACGAAGAACAAAAAUCAUUUUAGGGAAAGAGGUUGAAUGAAGGAAACAAUAUAAUACCUUUAUUAUACUAAGUUAAAUUCUAUUUUAGUUAGGUCACCAUCAAACAUAUAGGCCUACCAAGUGUGGUUUUAUAUAGGUCUGGGUCUUUCCUUGGCUUUUUAGCAUUUCUUUACUAGAUCCGAUGCCUUUUUUCCGUAUCGACAACAAACACAUUAUAAUUGCAGUGUAUUUGAUCUUAUUUCAUUUUGUAAGAAAUCUUUACAAGUCCGUCAAAUUACUGUAAUUGGGCUACUCUCAGCAUUGUUGAAUACCCACAUAAAAAGUGAUUUAAAGGACGGCAUAUUCAUAGGUGGAUGACCUAUUUUAGAGGAAGGAUCGCCAUACCAUCAUAUAAUACACCUUACAUAAUAGUAAAUUAUAUUUAUUAGACACCGUAUCCAUCUCGUGAAGGGGGAGCAAACAAAAUAACAAAGGAACACAGAAAUAUUAUCCAAAAAUAUCAUUGAUAAAAGGAGUCUAUAAUAAUCUGAAGAAUUUAAGUGGGGCAUCAAAGGACCUGAUAACGUCAGUUAUACAUUUCUUAAUAAAAAAAAUAUGUGGAUCAAAUGUAUUUCUUUGUCGUAGAGUUGAAUACAAAUAAAUGAUGAAUAAACUCAUACCCGUGUAGAUGAAUCUAU